GUACAGUCUAGACUCACAGACCUGCAACAUGUACAAGCUGGUGGUGUUGUCUGCCCUCCUGGCCGUGGUGGCCGCCAAGCCCUCAGCCGUCUACCCCGCCGCUGCGGCACCCCUGCCUCUCGCUAGGUACGGGUACGCCGCCCCCGCUGUCGCCUACGCUGCUGCUCCAGCUUCUGUGGCCUACGCUGCCCCCGCUCCUGCCCCCGUAGCUUACGCCGCUCCUGCACCUGCGGUUUACGCUGCUCCUGCUGUUGCCGCCCCUGCCCCAGUAGCUUAUGCCGCCCCCGCAGUUGCAGUUGCUCCCGCCGUGGCACCGGCUGUCGCCAUCUCCAAGACCGUCCACUACGCCGAGACACCCGUGGUGACUGGUUACACUUCCACCGUUGUCAAGCCAGACCUCGGAGCUCUCGCCACCCCCGCUCACACGGUCUCCCAGACCCCCGUCCUCGCCCCCGCCAGGUCCGUGCAGACUGUCGUCCCCCAGGUAACCCAGGUGGAGCCUGAGGUUUCUGUCCAGAAGGUUCCCGUGGAUGUCCCAGUCCACACUCCCGUCGUUAGCGAGGUUGAGGUACGCACUCCUGUUGUUCAGGGACCCGCUGUUGUUGCCGCCCCCGCUCCUGCUCCAGUAGCGUACGCCGCAGCUGCCCCCGCCAUCCACGCCCCCGCUGCCUUUGCCUACGGUGCCCCCGCUGUGGCCGCUGCCCCAGCUCCUCUGGCCUACGCCGCCCCCGUCGCCUACGCUGCUCGCCACGCCUACGCAUACCCAGCUCACGGUUACGCUUACGCCGCACCCGCUCACUAAACCUCACUCUCCACCUAGGUUAUCAAAUUAGUAUAAAAUAUUGACUUGGUCUUAGUAUUUGAAUUAUCUUUCCUACCUAAGUUAUAAAUGCUGUUUUGCAAACUGUGAUAAUACUAUUACUAAUUAUAAUAUUUUAUACAACAAAA